ACCUGACCUUAGUCCAUCCAGAUCAAUAGGGAAGUGAGGGUGGAAAGAAGAAGAAGAGGAAGAAAAUAAGGGGCGCAACCGGAUCGUUUACACUGGCUGUUCCCGAGGAAAUAUAGACUUCCCUUGCUCGCACCUUUUGUCGCUCACAUGCUCACACUGUAAAAGUGGAUAUCGAGGCAAUUCCCCUUGCUUUGUGUGACUGCAGCAGACUUUUCCCCCCCUUUUUCCUACCGCCAUGUCUUUCCCGCAGCUGGGAUAUCAGUACAUCCGACCGAUAUACCCGCCGGAGCGCCAGGGGAUCGCCGGCAAUGCCCGGUCCGGGACAGAGCUCAGUCCGUCCGGCGCGCUCUCCAACGUCCUCUCCACUAUGUAUGGAUCUCCUUUCGCCGCAGCAGCGCAGGGCUAUGGAGCGUUUCUCCCCUACUCGAAUGAUAUAUCUAUUUUCAAUCAGUUGGGUGCUCAGUACGAGCUGAAAGACAGUCCCGGCGUCCAGCACCCAGGGUUCGCCCACCACCACCCUGCUUUUUACCCAUAUGGCCAGUAUCAGUUCGGUGACCCGUCCAGACCCAAAAACGCCACCAGGGAGAGCACCAGCACCCUGAAGGCCUGGCUCAGCGAGCACCGCAAGAACCCCUACCCGACCAAGGGCGAGAAGAUCAUGCUGGCCAUCAUCACCAAGAUGACCCUCACCCAGGUGUCCACCUGGUUCGCCAACGCCAGGAGGAGGCUAAAGAAGGAGAACAAGAUGACCUGGGCCCCCCGGAACCGCACCGACGAAGAGGGGAAUGUUUACUCCAGCGAUCACGAAGGGGAGGAGGGGGACAAGAGGGAGGACGAGGAGGAGAUCGACCUGGAGAACAUCGACACGGAAAAUAUUGAGAACAAGGACGACUUGGACGACCAGGACGACCUGCAUUCAGAUAUUAAACUCGACGGGAGGAGUGACUCUGAGAUUUCUGACGGCUAUGAGGAUUUACAAGGGCCCGACCAGAGGUUUCUAAAGGCGGUGAGCAAAGAGGGCAAAGGAGACGUGGAGAGAGGAGGAGAGCACUUCCACAGCCACCACCACCACCACCACCACCACAACCACCACCACGCGUCUUUGGACACCAAAGCGUCCCCGCCGAACGGGGACCAGCUCAAACUGAACCCGGUGUCCGUUAGCUCGCCGCCCUCAGAAAACAACCCUGCCCCGGCCCAAAAGCCAAAGAUCUGGUCUUUGGCAGAGACAGCCACGGCCCCUGACAAUCCGCGUAAAUCGCCACAAAUGAACGGCAGCAACUCCGCAGGGCCGGCCGCCCAGACCAUAAUCGCCCCCCACAGACUCAUCUCUUCUUGUCCCGUUGGGAAAAUCCAGAACUGGACGAACCGAGCCUUCUCGGCGCACCAGCUGGCUUUACUGAACUCGAAUCAUUAUCUGGGACUGGCGAACCAGGCCACUGCCACCGGCCUGGCCCUCUACAGCAGCAGGCAAACGGAGGACAAGAGUCAUAGUUCAGAGACUCCAGUCACAGGUACAUGUCCCCGACACUGAGACGCGCAUGUGUAAAAAUGACUACAAAAAAACAAAAGACACUAACCAGUCCGUCACCCGCCAUCCAUUUCUUUACCAUGUUCCCUCCGCCUCCUUUUAUUUUGUUUAUUAUCAUACUUUAUUUUAUUAUUUUAUUAUUAUUUUAAUUAUUUUUUUUUUUUGGUUGCCUGUUCAUGCGUUUUGUUUCCUCUUCUCUCUCGUCAGGCCACACAGAUGAACAGUGUUACAAUGUUAUAGCUUACAGAAUACAGUAUGUGUGUGUGAUGUGUGUGUGUGUGUGUGUGUGUGUGUGUGUGUGUGUGUGUGUGUGUGUGUGUGUGUGUGUGAGCGCACGUGUGUGUCUGUGUGAGCGUAAUGAAAACCUCAUCAGAAAAGCAUUUAAAAAAGACAAAAAAAAGUCAAAAAGUAAAAGAUGUAAAAUUGGGUGAAAACAGUUUUUUUAUUUUGUCCUGACCCUGGUGAUCUGUUUCCAUCCUCAUGAGAUAUUUAAGGCUCCCCCUCUUCACCCCCACGUGUUUGUAUUCAGUGGUUUACAUAAAACUCCUCAACCUCACAAGUAGUUUUAUUUUUUAUUUUUUUUUAUUUUUUACUGGAAAGCCAGGAUGGAUGGAUGGAUGGAUGGAUGGAUGGAUGGAUGGAUGGAUGGAUGGAUGGAUGGAUGGAUGGGAGCUCUGAUCAGUUCAAUGAAUGCGGGUUUUUUUUUUUUCGUUUUUUUUUUUCGUUUUAAUUUUCAUUGCCACAUUGGUUCAGAGAGAUCUUAGUGCCUUGGAUGCAGAGUGUUUAAAAAAGCUUUCCACCCAGUUCAAAGAUAAAGUGAGGCUGUCAGCUGAAUGACAUGUGGGGAUUUUUUUUUCUUUUUCUUUUUUUUUUUCCUGUUUGAUGCCAUAUCACAUUUUUUUUUUCUAAACGCCAUAUUUACCCAAAUUAGCUUUUUUUUUGGUUUUGUUUUGUUUCAUCCCUUGUGUUUGCGCCGCUUGUGUUUUAAUUUUCCCGUCUAAAAAAAAAAGAGAAAAAAAGAAAGAAAAAAAAAGGGAGGGGGGGCCUCUCUAUGUUACACUUUUACUUGUUUGGUCAUGCAAAUGAGCUCAAUGCAAAUUCACCACAGGCUCGUGUUUUUCUUUUAUGAAAGGCAAUUGUCACUUUUUUAUAUCACUUUGUGUUUUUAGCUCUUCAGGAGGCUAUUAUUAGUUUUAUUUUCUAGAUCACUCCACGUUUUUUUUUUUUGUUUUUUUUUUUUUACCCCUGUGUAAUUUCCAGGCCUUCUUCUUCUUCUUUAACCUCUCACUCAUCCUCUCUUCCCUUUUUUUAUUUGAAUAUGGAAUGUAAAAUAAGAAAUAAUACAUCUCUGUAUACUUACAUUGUAAGCAUGUCCUGUGUAAAACUGCUAAUGUAAUAAUGUAUGAACCUGUAGUCUGUGAGUUUUUUCCUUUUUUUUUUUUUUUGCUUUUUUUUUUCUCUUCCUUUUCUUUUUUGUAAGUUCUGUGAGGAUUUGAUGUUCAAAUGUUUUGUAUAUAAAGUUAAGAAUAUGUACAUACUUGUGAACCAAAUUGUACAAGAAAGUCUAUAUUUUGGCUAAUAAAUGAA